AUGGAAACGGCGUCGUUCCUUGACCCUCCCAAUUCACCUCCAAAUUUGUCUUUUGCACUAAGAGGACCUCACUCCAACAAUUUCCUUCGCAGCGUCUCAACCAAAGAGCCACCGCUCACAGAGGAGUCAUGUACGCCGCCCCACGUCAGCACCGCCACCUCCCUCUCCAUCCACAGUCACUUCCACUCUCAGCCUUCAACGCCCCGCCAUUCCUUUACCCCCUCUAUUAAACUGGAUGAUCUAUACCCCACCUACAGAUGCAUAUGUUCAGUCCUGAAAAAAGACGGCCAGAUCCUCUCCGUCGCCGCCUCCGGCGGCCUCGUUUACACCGGCGCACAAGGCAACACCAUUCGCAUAUGGAAGAUGCCGGAGUUCACAGAAUGUGGGCAGCUCAAAACAAAGGCAUGCAUGGUGGUUGCAUUGGAAGUGUCAAAUGAUAGAAUCUAUGCAGCAUAUUCCGAUUGCAAAAUUAGGGUUUGGAGGAGGACUUGGGAUGGAGUCAUUAAGCAUAUAAGACUUGCCACCAUACCCAAGACCGGAAGUUAUGUCCGGAGCUACAUCUCCGGCAAGGAUAAGAUGACGAGGCACAUGGGACCAAUAUCAUCGCUAGCAAUCAACACAUCAGAUGACAUUUUGUACUCGGCUUCCCUUGACAAGACCGUAAAAGUUUGGCGAAUUUCUGAUUUCAAAUGCAUAGAGACAAUCCAAGCUCAUCACGAGCCUGUGAAUGCAAUCGUGGUGGCUGAUGAUGGGGUAUUAUAUACCGCAUCAGACGAUGCCACUGUGAAAGUGUGGCGACGCAACUUUUGUAGUGGGUCUCGCCCUCAUUCGCUCACGGUGACCCUACCGGCCAAAUACUCCCCGGUCAAAACAUUGGCCUUAAACCUUGAUGGUGGGGUGUUGUACGGUGGUUGCACGGAUGGUUACGUGCAUUAUUGGCUAAAGGGUUGGUUCUCAGGCCAAUUGGAAUAUGGUGGUGCCCUCCCGGGGCACACUCACGCAGUGAUGUCCUUAGCCAGUGUGGCAAAUUACGUGGUGAGUGGAUCUGCUGAUUCAACUAGUCGAAUUUGGAUAAAAGAACAAGAUGGUCGACACACUUGUAUUGCUAUGCUCCAAGGGCACAGAGGACCUAUUAGGUGUGUUGCGGCAUUCCCUGGACAAGGUUAUGAGGAGAGUAAUGAGGAGGGUUGUACGAAAUUCCAAGAUUCUAACCCAAAUCUGGCAUUUGGGUUCUUCAUUCCUGGGUCCCCGAUUGCAAAUACAUAUGGAUUUUCUGUUGAUAAUUGUAUUCCAGAAUCUAUAUGA